CCCUUUUAUGCUUGUUUGUUUCUCUCUCUUCAUGAAAAUGAUGCUCUGCUUUCAGUUUCAGUACUUUGGCCUUCAGAGCUUCACCAGAAAUCAAUAAUCUUAGGUUUAGUCGCAUCCCAAUCUCAAUCUCAAUCUCACUCUAAUUCAAACCAGAUUCUUCAUGGAUUUCUAGGUUUGGUUUUAGCAGAAUUCAUACUUUCCUAGCCAUGGGAAGGGAUUUCUCAAGAUAAGAUUUUUUUUAUUUUUUUUAUUUUUCUCCUUCCUAUUACCUCUCACCAAUUUUCAUACUCCAAUCCUGCAUCAAGAAAAGUGGCAGCUGAAAAUCGGUGGACAGUUUAGUUUCUCAGGACAGGAAAGCACAAAAAAGAAUAAAAAUUCUGGUUUUAAUUGGAGAUCCAUCAGCUGGAAUUGCUUGAAAUGAUUUUCAGGGAAAAUUGGAGAGAGGGAGAGGGAUAAUUAGUUAGUUACCACCACAGUACAGCACAGCUCUGAAAAUGGAAGGCCACCAGAGUGGUUGUUCUUGGGCUCCGGCUACGCCUGCAAAGCCAAAUUCAACAAACCAGCAGCUGAUGGGCACAAAUUGGGAAGAAAAAAACAAUCAUCUUCUUGUUCAGGGGAAUUGGGGAGAAUCAUACAGAUGCACAAAUUUGUCUGAAUCAAGAACGUUAUUACCAGGUGAAUGUUUCAAUUCAGGACAUCUUGUUGAGGAUGUGAGUGGAGAUCCCAGCAAUUGGCAAGCAAAAAUGGUGGCCAGUUCCAUUUUUGCUGGGGAGGAUGUGUCUUUUGGACAUCUCCUGGCUUUAGCACAAGCAGGUGCUGCUACAGCCACCACUUCUGCAAUGCAUUUUCACCCGACGACAAUGAUGACGAGUUUCGGCCAUCCCUCGCUGCAAGAACAAGAGACUUUACCAGCAGAAACAACAGGUAUCAUCAUUCCAGAUGUCUUUACAGGUGGAAAUUCAGUGCCUUCUUCAAGGCCAGCCAUUGAUCUUAAUUCGCUGCCUACAGUUACAGAUAUUCCGGAUGCAGCAUCAAGCAAGAGUAAAUUGUCCCGAUUCGAACCCAUAACACCAAAUAAGAAUAAUCAAGAAGGGUACCUUAUGUCAAUUAGGCAGGAUUUUAGUCCAGAUGAGGUAUGUGCCGGAAAAGAUCAACAAGAAAAUAAAAUCACCAGGAGCAGGCGCGGGAGGAGAGAAAAAACUCAGAUGGUAAACAAUCUAAUGAGUGCGGCGGCAUCCACAGAACCGCAGGAGAAUAACAAGCCUGACAAGAGCGGAAAGGAUGACAUAGAUUUCAUCAAAGCUCCACAGCAGAAGACAAGGAGGAAAAAGCAUAGGCCUAAGGUGGUAAUUGAAGGAAAGGGUAAAAGGACUCCCAAAUCGAGUGCCGGGAAAUCUAAUGUUUCACAAGAUUCAACUAGAGUCAAGAGGAAGUAUGUCCGAAGGAAAGGCGUCAACAAUGUUUUAGAAGAUCAAAAAGGAAUCAACAUACCAGAAGGUAGUAGGGACAAUGGAACCACUGGAAUAGCUUCCCCGGGACCAUCGCGGUAUACUCGAAGUUCCUGCAGAAGAUCUUUAAAUUUCAACUUGGAGAGCCUAGAGAAAGAUGGAAACUCAAUGCGCUGCGCACCUGCAAAUCGGAAUGGAGGAUCACCAGCAGAGAAUUGCGAUACAAUAGAUCAAUCAAUAGUAAAUGUGGAUACAGCUCAUCAACCCGAUUUCUAUGUGAAUCCAGUACAUGAAGUUUCUGAGCAAGGUUUCGAUGUCAAGCCCUCACCUUCUAAGAAUAUUUAUCCACUUAAGUACAGCGCAGUCGCAGAUAAAAUUGUUACCAGAGAUAAAUGUCAAAUAGUUUUCUCUGAGGAGACACAUGAUAAAGAGGUUGAUAUUGUUCGAAUCAGAAUGAAUUCUGACGUGCAUAGGAAACGUAAGAAUGAUCUUAUCAGCAGCAGCACAUACUCGACUCUAGAAAGCCAAAAGAGCACUGCAACUGCCGAAGCAGAAGUUUGCAACAAAUUCAGGACUGGAACUGAUAAAAAAUCCUUACAGAUCUACCUUCCUCUGUCUUCACAUAAUGCAUUGUAUCUUCCACCAACUUGUAAGAAAAGGAGGACCAAGAGACACAAUAUGGUGAUUUCCAGCUUGCAGUACAAGGCAUCUACAGAAUGUAAUCGCGCAAAGCUUGAAGUACACACUCCAAGAGAUUCUGGUACAAAUGAGUUCACUUCAACGGCUCACACAAGCAAUUAUACACAGAAUGGAGGGCAAGUUGUUGAUAAGCAAUUAUUUUGGGGACCUCCAGAGAGAAUUAGAAAACCAAGAUCUAGAGGCCGUAAGCAACUUCGGGAUCUAUCUUCACUGCUUAAAUUUCAUAAACUGCCAGCACCUCUAGCCCGGGCAGAAGUCAAAUCCAGAAAUCAACGAGGUCUUGACAACAUACAUGAACCAAAAAGAUGCAUGGAACUCAAUGUAGCGGGCAUCUGCUCAACAAUCAUGAAAAAGAAGCGUUCAAAAAGCAUGCGUGUCAAUUCAAUAAUGCAGUACGGCCACCAACAGCUUUCAACACUAGUAAGAGGACCCUCACUGGCACUAACAUGGAAAUGCAUGCCAUCAGCUGACUCAAUUAUGGCACAACUUAACCGAUUAGAUCUAAAUGCAGAGAGCAUCCAAUGGUUAUCACAAAAUCACAAUAUUUUCACAGAGAACCGCACUCAUUAUCAAGAAAAGCAUGCUCUUGUUCCAUACCAAAGAUAUGGAGCUAUUGUCCCUCAUGAUGGUUCAUUUGAUGAAGUCAGAAGAAGGCAACCAAAGCCCAAAGUUGACCUAGAUGAUGAGACAACUCGAGUGUGGAAGCUUUUGUUAGAAAAUAUAAACAGUGAAGGCAUUGAUGGGACAGAUGAUGAAAAUACAAAAAGGUGGGAAGAGGAACGAAGAGUAUUCAAUGGAAGAGCAGACUCGUUCAUUGCGCGCAUGCGGCUUGUACAAGGAGACAGGCACUUUUCUCCAUGGAAGGGAUCGGUCGUUGACUCUGUGGUAGGUGUUUUCCUCACUCAGAAUGUUUCAGAUCAUCUUUCCAGCUCUGCUUUCAUGUCACUUGUUGCACAAUACCCAGUCGAUUCAAAGACCUACCCUUCAAAUUUGCCCGAGGAGAAACUAGGUUCUCUGUUCAGACAAGCUGAGGUAUGGGAUGUGGAUCCAGGAGGGGCAUCAAGCUCAAAGAAAGAGGUUUUAAAUCAGUCAGUGUAUGUGGACUCAAAAAGCCACCCUUCAGUUAUGCAUGAAGAUCAACUGGGUUCUAAGAUCAAAGAACCUCAGGUGCACGAUAUGGAACCAGGAGGUGUUACCUCUGAGCAAAACAAAGAAAUCUUAAAUCAGACAGUCUAUGUAGAAGAUACAGACUCGCUUCUGGACUAUGACAAUAUGAGACAAGUAGAUGGGUUUAAUUCCUUUGAAUCUGUCAUAAACGACAGCUUAAGAGGCCCAUCAACAGAAAGCUCCAAAUGUGGUCCUUUUAUGUACAAUGAAACGGUUGCAAACAAGUCAGGAAGUUCCAUUGAGGAAGGAAGAGACAUAGUAGACACAUUUUCUUCUCUGAAAUCAACCUAUACUACAAGUAAACAAACUACUGGACGAAGUGAUUGUUGCUCAGUGAGCAGCAUCUCAGAAGAACAUAUAUCUGAGGCUGAAUCGAAUAGGUUCACCAGCUCAAUUUCUUUUGGAAAGCUAUUACAGAGAGCUGACUCCAUACUAAAUGGUGUUUAUGAAGGAGAGGAAGAUUGGCAAGGGGAAUCAGAAAGAUUACCCCUUAACUUUCAGAAUUGGGACCGCUUGGAUAAAUCCAUUUUGUUCCGAACACCAAAUUUAGGAGGGAAAUCAUCACAAGAUAAUGUGUCCCAAAAAACUAGUACAUUGUUGGAAAGUUCCAGUGUGAUAAAACUUUGUGCAUCUGAAAAUAUUAGGCUUUCUACAGAAUCCGCAUCACAGAUGUCUCAGAAGAUCACAGCUGAUUGUUUCUUUGAGGGGCCAAAGUUUUCGAGUUCAAACGCUUCAUCAAGAAAAAACAACCAAGUUGAGAUAGAUCUAACAGGCCAAGAACCUGAACAAGGUUUAUUUCAAGGAAACAAUUUCAGAAAACAGGACUCAGAAGUUCCAAUUUUUCAACAAAAUAUGACAGAUGUUGGAGGUUAUAAUACCAAUCUUGAUAAUGCUAAAAUUUCAGAACACAAGGAUGUUAACUCAGACAAUAAAAACCAGGAUGACCAUCCCGGCAAGACUGUUAAUGGACCGAAAGCAAAAAGAGGAAGAACCAAGAAAACGAAAGAGAAACAAGUUGAAUGGAACCGUUUGAGAAACGAGGCACUCACAGUUGCUGGAGAAAGAAUGAGGACAGACAGAACAAUGGACUCAGUGGACUGGGAUGCUGUAAGAUGUGCAGAUGUUAAUGAUAUUGCACAGACAAUCAAAGAAAGAGGAAUGAACAAUAUGCUGGCUCAAAGAAUCAAGAACUUCCUCAACCGCCUUGUUAGAGACCAUGGAAGCAUUGACCUGGAAUGGCUUAGGGAUGUACCACCAGACCAAGCAAAGGAGUAUCUUUUGAGCAUAAAGGGUUUGGGCUUGAAAAGUGUGGAGUGCGUGCGACUUUUGACACUUCAUCAUGUUGCCUUCCCAGUUGAUACCAAUGUUGGCCGUAUAGCAGUAAGGUUAGGCUGGGUACCCCUUCAGCCACUGCCUGAGUCACUUCAACUUCAUCUACUAGAGAUGUACCCUGUAUUAGAGUCCAUUCAGAAAUAUCUAUGGCCUAGGCUCUGCAAGCUUAACCAAGGAACACUAUAUGAGCUGCACUAUCAAAUGAUCACUUUCGGAAAGGUAUUUUGCACAAAGAGUAGACCUAAUUGCAACGCCUGUCCAAUGAGAGGAGAAUGUAGACACUUUGCAAGUGCAUUUGCAAGCUCACGGCUUGCCCUCCCAGCACCAGAAGAAAAACGUGUAAUCAGUUCAACUGAAAAUAGAACAGGUUAUCACAAUCCAACUGAAUGUAUGAAUACAUUGCACUUGCCAACACUUCAAGCUAUUCAAAUGGAUUUUAAAUAUGGAGCUGCUCAACCCAUCAUUGAAGAACCAGCAACACCAGAGCCUAUUAUUGAAGUUCCAGCAACACCAGAACCAGUCUACGAACAAGAUGUGGAAGGCACAAUUGAGAGUGCUUUCAAUGAAGAACUUGAUGAGAUUCCUACUAUCCAACUCAACAUAGAAGAGUUCACUCACAACUUGCAGGAGAUUAUGCAGCAAAACUCAGGAGUGCAUGUGGGUGAUACAUCAAAAGCAUUAGUAGCUUUGACUUCAGAUGCAGCUUCACUUCCUGAGCCUAGACUUAAAAAUGCCAACAGACUCAGAACAGAGCACAGAGUCUAUGAACUUCCAGAUUCACACCCUCUAUUAGAAAAGAUGGAUAAGAGAGAACCUGAUGAUCCUUGCCCUUACUUGCUUGCCAUAUGGACACCAGGUGAAACAGUGGACUCGAUUGAACCACCAGAGAGGCAAUGCAGCUCCCAAGGGCUGGAUACACUCUGCACUGAUGAGACAUGUUCAUCAUGCAACAGCAUAAGAGAGGCAAACUCUCAAACUGUUAGGGGCACUCUUCUGAUACCAUGCAGGACAGCCAUGAGAGGUAGCUUUCCAUUAAAUGGCACAUAUUUUCAAGUGAAUGAGGUAUUUUCUGACCAUGAAAGCAGCCUACUGCCAUUGGAUGUUCCAAGAGCAUGGUUAUGGAGCCUUCCAAGGAGAACAGUGUUCUUUGGAACAUCAAUACCAACCAUUUUUAAAGGGCUGUCCACAGAAGGGAUUCAAUACUGCUUUUGGAGAGGGUUUGUCUGUGUGAGGGGAUUUGACAGGAAAACCCGAGCACCCCGUCCCCUAGUUGCCAGAUUGCACUUUCCUGCCAGCAGAAUGCGCAGAAGGAAAGGAAACAUGGACGAAGAAUAGACAUAGAUUGCACAUGGCUUAAACAAAAGGUAAAAUUGUGAAAGUAGAAGCAGCACCAAAAUGGCAGGACAUUUGCCUGCAUGAUUUGAAAUGGGAGGAUAACUGUAUAGAUUAGAAUUGACAAAGAUGACAUGCUAAUUUGUUGAAGGAACUAAGCAACAGGCUUAACCCAUUUAUGGAAAAAUCAAUCCUUAACCUACUAUUAACACAACCAUAACCACCCAAGUAAAUGCAAGCUAAAACGUAAGGU